UACGUUUGGCUUUUUCGUCGCACGAGUCAAAUCGAGUCCAAAUCACAUGGAAAACAUUGAAUUUUAGGUUAUAUUUACUUGAAAAUGGACGUCUGAAGACAAAACAAUUGUUUGGAGUUUCUGCCGACAAAGAUAUCAAUUGAUAUAUUAUGACUCGAUAUGCAAGAUCGAAAGGUUCAAAAUCAUCGAACGAGCGAUUACCAAAUGAGCCUACACCAUGGUACGUUAUGAAGCAGCAAUUGGAAUCUAUCGCAGAAAAAGAAGAAGUUCCUCAACAAAAAACAAAAUCAGCUAAACAGUUACUUGAAGGUAAAGAGGAUAUUUAUUCUCCAAAAUAUUUAGCGAAUAUAAAGACAAAUUGGGCACAAUUUGAAAAUUCACCGUCGCAAAAGAAUACUUCAAAGGGUAGUAAGAUCGAAAAGAGAUUGCAAAUUCAAAAUAAAAAAAUUCAAACUCUUACUAAAUCGAGGACAGAAAAAACUAUUGUUAACGAUGUUAAAAAUCAAGAUAAAAAGUCUUUGGAAUAUUCAGAAAACAAGUCUACCAGAUUAAAGAAACUUAAGCGCAAAAAUGAUAAUUCUAAUUAUAAUGCGUCAGUAGAAAAGGAACCAAAAAAUGUAUUAGAAACUACUAUGAACGAAGAAAUAGAUGUUAAACUGAAAAAAAGACAAAAAACUAAAAAUGAAUCUGCCGAUUCGGAGUCAAAUGAAUAUAUAAAUAAAAACGAUGAUACAAAAGUUCAAAAUAGUUCUAAAUAUAAACUCGAAAUGGCAAAGAAUUGGAGACUACUAGAAUUAGCAAAAAAUUUCACAAAUGAAAGCAAGGAAUAUAUUCAAAGUAACGCUGAAACGAUAUUUGAUGAUAAUGAUAAUAAUAAUAAAGAUGAAAAUAAUCGAAAUAAUGCAAGAAACUCUAAUAAAAAUAGAAAAUUUAAUAACAAAUUUGAUAAUAUCCCUAAGAAGUUUCAGAAAAAGACAGAUAGAAUUAAAGACGAUAAACACUUCCGUAGAAAAUCAGAUUAUGGAUCAAUGAAAAUUACAAUUAACGGAAUGGAUGUGGAAAUUGUGAAAUACGACGGCUUUCCAAUUAUAAAACAGGAUGCUAAACGAUUAAUCGAGCUACGAAAAACAAUGAUUCUAAAAGGAAUACCUAAAUUGGAAAUCGAUGCAGCUAUGAAAUUAGAGAGACGAAAAUGUGAAAAGGCUUUAACGCGUAUCAAGAAACAAGUUUGCUUUCACUGCAGAAAAGCCGGGCAUAAUUUGUCGGAUUGUCCAGAGCUUGAAAAAGAAGAAAUAAUUACAGGGAUUUGCUUUAAAUGUGGUUCAACGGAACAUACUCAUUUCGAAUGCAAAGUAAAUAAAUCUAACGAGUAUAAAUAUGCAAAAUGUUUUAUAUGUCGAGAACAGGGGCAUAUUGCAAAGCAAUGUCCUGAUAAUCCCAAAGGAUUAUAUCCUGAUGGUGGCUCAUGUAAAAUAUGUGGAGACGUUACACAUUUAAGAAAGGAUUGUUCAGAAUUGAUAAAACAGAAAGAAGAUACGGCAAUUACUCUUGAUACGAUAAAUGAUAAAAAUUUAGAAUUAUUAGAUAAUGAAAUCAAUAAGGUUGAUUUAAAAGUCAAACCAAGUAAAAAAAUUGUAAAGUUUUAG